AUGGUUACUUUUGGAGGCAUCUUCUGCGUUGUUAUUCUGGCUGUGAUGCUCCCCUGCUUGGAUGUUGCGCUGGGGCAAAGUACUGACCCUUCAGAAGUCGAUGCACUCGGGGCUAUCAAGCGAAGCUUACUUGAUCCUAUGAAUAACCUUGAGAACUGGAACAGGGGAGAUCCAUGCACUUCUAAUUGGACAGGAGUUUUCUGCCACAUAAUCAAUGAUGCGCUUCAUGUGACAGAAUUACAGUUAUUUAAGAGGAACCUGUCUGGAACUUUGGCACCAGAGGUCAGUCUUUUAUCUCAGCUGAAAACACUGGAUUUUAUGUGGAACAAUUUAACAGGCAGCAUCCCAAAAGAGAUAGGAAACAUCACUACACUCAAACUUAUACUAUUGAAUGGCAAUCAGCUCUCUGGUUUCCUACCAGAUGAGAUCGGCAACCUUCAGAGCUUGAACAGCCACAUGAACAAUAAUUCAUUAAGUGGGAAAAUUCCAUCUGAAUUGUGGAGAAUCCCGUUACUUCUUCACCUCCUUGUUGACAACAACAAUUUGUCUGGACCUCUUCCUACAGAAUUAGCAAAGUCACCUGUUUUGAAAAUACUUCAGGCUGACAACAAUAACUUCAGUGGAAGUUCCAUCCCUUCUACAUACAGCAACAUAAAAACACUGUUAAAGCUGAGUCUUAGGAACUGCAACUUGCAGGGCGCUAUUCCUGAUCUGAGUGCCAUAUCUGAACUUGGCUAUUUUGAUUUGUCACACAACUUGCUUAAUGGAACUGUCCCGUUAAACUUCUCAGAGCUUCCUAAUCUUCAGCUUUUGUGUAUAUUGAUCAACUCAUUGUUGGUUUACAAGUACUACUUACUUUUAUUUAGAUUGAUACAAAAUCACCCUAUGUGCAUGACAAGUUCAUUUUACAGGGAUUUCCAAAAUAAUUACCUCAAGACUAUUCCAGCUGCAUUUAGUCCUCCCCAAAAUGUUACUGUAAUGUUGUAUGGAAACCCUGUCUGUGGGAAUUCUAGUGGAGCUCCGAUAGACAGUCUCUGUCAACCCCAGUCUGUAAACCAGCAAACCUCUAAACAGCAACAAGACUCUAGCCCAAUUUGUUCACCUUGCCCAUCAGAUAAAAAUUACGAGUACAACCCAUCAUCCCCUAUACCAUGUUUUUGUGCCGUGCCACUUGGAGUUGGACUUCGACUGAAGAGUCCAGGAAUCACAGACUUCAAUCCUUAUGAAGGUGCCUUCGGGGACAGCACAACGUCUUUAUUGAAACUGUAUGUUUACCAGCUACAUGUUGAGCACUACACAUGGGAGGUGGGUCCAAGGCUCAACAUGCACCUCAAGUUAUUCCCAAGCAAUACAAGUUUAUUCAAUAUGUCUGAGGUUGUGCGACUCCGACAUGUACUUGCUGGAUGGGAAAUUACUCUUCCAGAUAUCUUUGGUCCAUAUGAGCUUCUCAAUUUCACACUUGGUUCUUAUGCAGAUGAAUAUCCAAAUGAAGCUUCAUCGGGUUUAAGCAAAACCGCAAUGGGCGGUAUCCUGGCAGGCGCAAUAGCUGCUGCUUUUGCACUUUCUGCAGUAGCCACUGUUUUUAUAAUGAGAAGGCGUUCAAGACACAGAAGUAGAACCAUUUCAAAACGGUCACUGUCGAGAUUUUCUGUCAAAAUUGACGGUGUGAGGUGCUUCAAAUUUGAAGAAAUGGCUAGGGCCACCAAUAAUUUUGACCUGUUAGCUCAAGUUGGUCAAGGAGGUUAUGGAAAAGUCUAUAGAGGAACUCUAGAUGAUGGGGAAAUUGUAGCAAUCAAACGGGCACAUGAGGAUUCUCUGCAAGGUUCGAAGGAGUUCUGCACGGAAAUAGAGCUGUUAUCCAGAUUGCAUCAUCGGAAUCUGGUUUCCUUAGUUGGCUAUUGUGAUGAAGCAGAUGAACAGAUGCUAGUUUAUGAAUACAUGCCAAAUGGUACUUUACGCGAUCAUCUUUCUUCCAAGGCCAAACUAUCUCCCGGUUUUGGGUUGAGGCUUCACAUAGCAUUGGGUGCCUCCAAGGGAAUUCUGUAUCUACACACUGAUGCAAACCCUCCUAUAUUUCACCGUGAUGUGAAGGCCAGUAACAUUCUUUUGGACUCGAAAUUUGUUCCAAAGGUGGCUGACUUUGGUCUUUCGAGGCUUGCCCCAGUGCCGGAUAUUGAAGGGACAUUAGCAGGUCAUGUUUCCACUGUUGUUAAGGGCACACCAGGAUAUCUUGAUCCAGAAUACUUCCUGACUCAUAAAUUGACGGAUAAAAGUGACGUGUACAGCCUUGGUGUUGUGUUUCUUGAAAUGUUGACUGGGAUGAAGCCAAUUGAGCAUGGGAAGAACAUAGUGAGAGAGGUAAACAAAGCGUACCAAUCAGGCAAUAUUUCUGAAAUCGUCGACAGCCGGAUGGGCCUGUGUCCUCCAGACUGCAUCAAUAGGUUCCUCUUGCUAGCAACCAAGUGCUGCCAGGAUGAGACCGACGCAAGGCCUUCCAUGUCAGAGAUCGUCCGAGAACUCGAGGUCAUCUUGAGGAUGAUGCCUGAGGCGGAUCUUGUUCUGCUGGAGACUACGGAUACAGACUCAGCUGAUAUGAGUAAAUCCUUGUCAACUUCUUCAGCAACCGGGACUUCCUUUGUCACACAGACCUCUGGCAGUGUUAAUGCAAGCAGCGGCGUGCUCUCUGAGGUGCUGUCUCCUCGCUGA